AUGGACCCAUCAAUCUAUCCCUCAUCAGAUCCACCGGCGCCAGCGUCUGGCCAUAGGCAGGCCUUGGGGACAGAUCGAUCCGCGGCGGAAGCUUCACUGCUCGAUGACUCCUUUUGGCUGAGGAAAAGAGACCCGUCGUCUUCCGGCAGAUUGCCCGACCCUCUCCUGGAAGCCCAACGGCCCAGCCCGGGGACUGGCAUCUCAGCCGACGCCAUCGCCAAGCUGGUGGCGCAGGACCUCGGCCGCCUCAACCACGACAGAGGUGCCGACCUGCAAAAGAUAUCGCGGACCGUCUCGGACAUUGUCCAGGCGGUGACGGAGCAAAGCGAUGACCUCGUGGCCGGGAACGGCGACCGCGCCCUCCUCUCCAAGGCCGAGGGACCAGUCGGCGACGAGGACAGCGAAUGGACCGGGAUGCAUGUGGAAGCGGGCUACGUGGUGGCACGGAAGAAGGAGUCGGCCUCGUUCGUAGAGGGGUCAAAGGCGGCUUUGGCCAGGCUAGUGUCGAGGCGAUCGAUGAUCAGCCACCCGCCGCUGAUCCCCAAUUCGAGCUCUCGCCUCUUGAUCUGGCUCAUCAUCAUCUGCAUCGUCGCCAUGGGCGUCCUGACCAUCAUGCUCCAGGAGCUCUACUCCCGCUGGCGCGCCUCCGCAGCGCCUUCCCGGCGGCGGCGGUCGCGCAACUCCGGGCAGGGCUAUCGCGGCAGCACUCCGAGGCCGGCGUCGACCUCGGCUCGGGCUCACCCUGGCGAAUCGACCGCAGCUGCCUCGGUCGAGGACGAAGAGGUUCUCAUCACGACGCCUCCCGUCAUCUCGCGACGCAGCAGUGCCCGCUCGAUCCACCAGAGCGAGCCGGAUGACGCCUCGGACGAGGAAGACCGAGGGACGGCCGCCAACCCGGACCUGCACUACUUUGCCCUCCCGCUUGGGCUCGGGAUUGGAUACAGCUAUGCCAACAUCAACGACCAGAAGGUGGCCAAGGCGAGGCUGGGGCGGAUGGUCGAAGCAUCGACCCGCCGGCGAAAGGGACGGGGUCAGUCGGGAUCCUCUUCGUCGUCGUCGUCGCACCACCGUUCUCCUUCGGCGCAGCUUUCGGCGCUCCCGAUGACCGGCAGCAAGGCGACGGGGGCCGAUGUCGGAGGCAGCCUGCGGGCGCGGGCCAAGUCGUUCAAGGAUCUCUGCAAGGGCGCGCUGGCGGUGUCGUCGACGACAGUGACGGUGCCUGCAUCAGAGAUGGGCUACGCAUCGUCGAUUUCCGACGACGGCGAUGGCGUCUCUCCCACGACGCCUUCGUCGCUGCCCUUUUGGAACGGUAGCAGCAGCGACGAGUUCGCCGCGUCCACGCCAAUGGCCGCGACCACGACGGCGACGAGUCACCACGACUACUGGACUUCGACGCCGGCGCACCUCAACCCGUCCAGUAUUCCGCUCGAUGAGCUCGGCUCGGUGCCGUUCGGCGGCGGCCUCAAGGGCAAGGGCAAGGCGGGUCGAGGCUUGGCGGCUACGGGCGCAACGUCGGCGACAUCGGCACCUGACAGCAGCUACACGCUCGUGGACCUCACGCCGGCGGAUCUUGAGCCGGCUGGCGGCGCGAUGCGGGCGUAUGCGAUACCGGACCUCGUGGUCAGCGGCGGCGGCGGCGGCGGCGGCGGAGGAGGAGGAGGCAGUGUGCAUGCGUCGUCGCGGCUGUCCGAGGAGGAGGGCGAGAGCAGCGCCGGGUCGUCGAUCACGUCUUCGCCGCCAUCGUCGGCGUCUGCCGUUGCGCGGCACCCGCUCGUCGAGCAUCUGCGGAGAGAAGGGAGGAUCGACGGCGAGAGGAGGGUGGGCAACGGCACGCCGACUGCGUCCAAGCCGCGGCGCGCCAAGCCGGCAUGGCAGGGCUCAGCGCCGCAGUAG